UUUCCUCAGUUGAAUUUCGUUUUUCGACCGGUUCGCAUGUGGGUUCGCAUGACUGGGGUGGAUUAACAAACCGUUCGAUCCGUCGGGUUCCGCGCGUCGUUCCGGGAAACGGACUUAGAUUCUAGCAAAUACGAAAAAAAGAAAAGAAAAAUAACUCAAACUAUAUAGUGUGUUGUGUGUGUUGCCCAAAACAAAUAAAUCCGAAAGAAUAUAUAGUAUAUCGAGAAAUGAGUGCAAAUCUAUUUUAAAUGGUGUGCAAUUAAAGGAGGCAAGACGAGAAUACUUGACAAGAUGCAUUUGUGCGAGAUGCGUGGCAUGCCGCAGCGGUUGCAGCCUCAGCCCCAGCAGUGUUUAGCUAACGAAAGCGAAAUUCAAAUUCAAAUUAAAUUUAAGAAUAAAAAUAAAAAUAAGAAUAAAAAUGAAAAUGCCAGCGAGAUCAAACGGCGACACAGAAACAAUCGAAAUGCUGAUGGGGACGAAGAUCGGCGGCUAAAAAUAAUCAAAGUCGAUCGGAGUCGACGGCUGAUAUUCCCACUGCUGCUGCUCCUCACGGGAUUAAAUGGAUUAACUCAAGCUGGAGCGCUCAAGGGUGAAAAUCCACGCAUCACGGAGCAUCCCAUGGACACGACGGUGCCAAAAAAUGAUCCAUUUACGUUUAAUUGCCAGGCCGAGGGCAAUCCCAAGCCAACCAUUCAAUGGUUUAAGGACGGACGCGAACUGAAGACGGAUACGGGUUCGCAUCGCAUAAUGUUGCCCGCCGGUGCUUUAUUCUUUCUCAAGGUCAUCCACUCACGACGAGAGAGCGAUGCGGGCACUUAUUGGUGCGAGGCCAAAAACGAGUUUGGUGUGGCGCGUUCCAGGAAUGCAACAUUGCAAGUGGCAUUUCUACGCGACGAAUUCCGUUUGGAGCCGGCAAAUACCCGUGUGGCCCAAGGCGAAGUGGCCCUGAUGGAAUGCGGUGCCCCGCGAGGAUCUCCAGAGCCGCAAAUCUCGUGGCGCAAGAAUGGCCAGACCCUGAAUCUCGCCGGUAACAAGCGGAUACGCAUUGUCGAUGGCGGCAAUCUGGCAAUCCAGGAAGCCCGCCAAUCGGACGAUGGUCGAUAUCAGUGUGUGGUCAAGAACGUAGUUGGCAUCCGAGAAUCGGCCACAGCUUUUCUCAAAGUUCAUGUUCGUCCUUUUCUCAUCCGUGGACCCCAGAAUCAGACGGCUGUGGUGGGCAGCUCGGUGGUGUUUCAGUGUCGCAUUGGUGGCGAUCCCCUGCCCGAUGUCCUGUGGCGACGUACUGCCUCCGGCGGCAAUAUGCCACUGCGUCGUGUGCACGUACUUGAGGACCGCAGUCUGAAGCUGGACGACGUCACGCUGGAGGACAUGGGCGAGUACAGUUGCGAGGCGGACAAUGCGGUGGGCGGCAUCACGGCCACGGGCAUCCUCACCGUUCACGCACCCCCCAAAUUUGUGAUACGCCCCAAGAAUCAGUUGGUGGAGAUCGGUGAUGAAGUGCUCUUCGAGUGCCAAGCGAAUGGGCAUCCUCGGCCAACCCUCUAUUGGUCAGUGGAGGGCAAUAGCUCCCUUUUACUGCCCGGCUACCGAGAUGGUCGCAUGGAAGUGACCCUCACGCCCGAGGGCCGCUCUGUACUUUCGAUAGCACGUUUUGCCCGCGAGGAUUCCGGCAAGGUGGUAACUUGCAAUGCCCUGAAUGCCGUGGGCAGUGUCAGUAGCCGAACUGUGGUCAGUGUGGAUACGCAAUUCGAAUUACCACCGCCGAUUAUCGAACAGGGUCCGGUGAAUCAAACGCUGCCCGUGAAAUCAAUUGUGGUUCUGCCUUGCCGAACUCUGGGUACACCAGUGCCGCAGGUCUCUUGGUAUCUGGAUGGUAUACCCAUCGAUGUACAGGAACAUGAACGACGAAAUCUGUCGGAUGCUGGGGCUUUAACCAUCUCGGAUCUUCAGCGUCACGAGGACGAGGGCUUAUACACCUGUGUGGCCAGCAAUCGUAAUGGAAAAUCCUCAUGGAGUGGAUACCUACGUUUGGACACUCCGACAAAUCCGAAUAUCAAGUUCUUUAGAGCUGCCGAACUUUCAACCUAUCCGGGGCCGCCGGGUAAACCCCAAAUGGUGGAGAAGGGUGAGAAUUCAGUGACUCUCAGUUGGACGAGAAGCAACAAAGUGGGUGGCUCCAGUCUGGUGGGUUAUGUAAUCGAGAUGUUUGGCAAAAACGAAACGGAUGGCUGGGUGGCAGUGGGCACCAGAGUGCAAAAUACAACGUUUACCCAGACCGGACUGCUGCCGGGUGUGAAUUACUUCUUUCUAAUUCGUGCGGAGAACUCUCAUGGCUUAUCAUUGCCCAGUCCAAUGUCAGAACCGAUUACGGUGGGAACGCGAUACUUCAAUAGUGGUCUGGAUCUAAGCGAGGCUCGUGCCAGUCUGCUGUCCGGCGAUGUUGUGGAACUGAGCAAUGCCAGUGUGGUGGACUCCACCAGCAUGAAGCUCACCUGGCAGAUCAUCAAUGGCAAAUACGUCGAGGGUUUCUAUGUCUAUGCUAGACAGUUGCCAAAUCCAAUAGUCAACAAUCCGGCGCCGGUUACGGCCAAUACCAAUCCUCUGUUGGGCUCCGCAUCCGCUUCGGCAUCCGCAUUGAUUUCGACAAAACCAAAUAUUGCCGCUGCCGGCAAACGUGAUGGGGAGACGACGACCAGAAACCAGAAUGGAAGCGGUGGAAAUGGAAACCCAACCCCGUUGAGUACCAAGUAUCGUAUGCUGACGAUUCUGAAUGGCGGUGGCGCCUCAUCCUGCACCAUCACCGGUCUCGUCCAGUACACGCUGUAUGAAUUUUUCAUCGUGCCAUUUUACAAAUCCGUCGAGGGCAAGCCGUCGAAUUCGCGCAUCGCCCGCACCCUUGAAGAUGUUCCCAAUGAGGCACCAUAUGGAAUGGAGGCUCUCCUGCUUAACUCCUCAGCAGUGUUCCUCAAAUGGAAGGCACCGGAACUCAAGGAUCGUCAUGGCAUUCUCUUGAACUAUCAUGUCAUAGUCCGAGGCAUUGACACUGCCCACAAUUUCUCAAGAAUUCUGACAAAUGUCACCAUCGAUGCUGCAUCGCCUACUUUGGUCUUGGCCAAUCUAACCGAAGGCGUUAUGUACACCGUGGGCGUGGCAGCUGGAAAUAAUGCCGGAAUCGGUCCUUACUGUGUCCCAGCCACUUUGCGUUUGGAUCCCAUCACCAAGCGACUCGAUCCGUUCAUCAAUCAGCGCUAUCCCAUCAAUCAGGACCAUGUUAACGAUGUGCUGACAAAGCCCUGGUUCAUAAUACUCCUGGGCGCCAUCCUGGCCAUUCUCAUGCUGUCCUUCGGAGCAAUGGUCUUUGUGAAGCGCAAGCAUAUGAUGAUGAAGCAGUCGGCCCUAAAUACCAUGCGUGGCAAUCACACAAACGACGUGCUCAAAAUGCCGAGUCUAUCGACUCGCAAUGGGAAUGGCUACUGGCUGGACUCCUCUACCGGCGGAAUGGUUUGGCGUCCCUCACCCGGCAGCGAUUCGUUGGAGAUGCAAAAGGAUCAUAUAGCCGACUAUGCACCAGUUUGUGGUGCCCCUGGCUCUCCGGCCGGCGGUGGUGCCGGUUCCGGUGGCUCUGGUGGUGCGGGCAGUGGUGCCAGCGGCGGUGAUGACAUUCAUGGAGGACACGGCACCGAACGCAAUCAGCAGCGGUACGUGGGCGAGUACUCCAAUAUACCCACCGACUAUGCCGAAGUGUCCAGUUUUGGCAAGGCACCGAGCGAAUAUGGGCGGCAUGGUAAUGCCUCCCCAGCCCCAUAUGCCACCUCUUCGAUUUUGAGUCCCCACCAGCAGCAGCAGCAGCAGCAACCUCGUUAUCAACAGCGACCAGUUCCCGGUUAUGGCCUUCAGCGUCCCAUGCAUCCGCAUUACCAGCAACAACAGCAACAUAACAGCAGCAGCAGCAGCAGCAACAGGCCCACCAGCAACAUCAGGCACACCAGCAACACCAGCAAUUGCCCCCCAGCAACAUCUAUCAGCAAAUGUCCACCACCAGCGAGAUUUAUCCGACAAACACUGGUCCACCACGCUCCGUUUAUUCCGAACAGUAUUAUUACCCUAAGGACAAGCAGAGACAUAUCCACAUCACCGAGAAUAAGUUAAGUAACUGCCACACUUAUGAGGCAGCUCCUGGCGCCAAGCAAUCCUCGCCGAUAACCUCGCAAUUUGCCAGUGUAAGGCGACAGCAGUUGCCACCAAAUUGCAGUAUUGGUAGGGAUAGUGCCCGCUUUAAAGUACUGAACACGGAUCAGGGCAAGAAUCAGCAGAACCUCUUGGACUUAGAUGGUUCUUCGAUGUGCUAUAAUGGUCUGGCGGACUCUGGUUGCGGUGGCUCUCCUUCUCCAAUGGCCAUGUUGAUGUCGCACGAGGAUGAGCAUGCUCUGUACCAUACGGCGGAUGGAGAUCUGGAUGAUAUGGAGCGUCUGUAUGUUAAGGUAGAUGAACAACAGCCUCCACAGCAGCAACAGCAACUGAUUCCCUUGGUGCCACAACAUCCGGUCGACGGGCAUUUGCAAUCCUGGCGAAAUCAGAGCACACGUGGCAGUCGAAAGAAUGGCCAGGAUGCCAACAAGGAACCGAAUGAGUUGAUCUAUGCUCCAGGAAGUGUGGCCAGUGAAAGGAGCCUUUUGAGCAACUCAGGUAGUGGCACUAGCAGUCAGCCAGCUGGCCACAAUGUCUGACCCUUGCCCACUGGUUCAUCCUUGGGCCAAUCUCAAUCCAAAUCCCAAUCGCAGUCGCAAAGUGAUUUGCAGUCCCAGGAGCAACUUUAUGCUCGGGAAGUGCGGGAGUUACUAGCCUGGUGCGAACGCUUCAACAACGGCGGCGCGGAAAACUUUGAGUAGAUUGGAAAAAGGGUAUAUUGGAGAGGGAAGGAAGCUUAAGGAAAGGGUAUGCGAAAGGAUGGGGUUUUAAAGCUAGGAAGGAGCGACAAAGGAACGAGUGAAAUGAACAGGUUAAAGUGAAGCGUUUUCGUUAAUAUUUUAAACAUCAAGAAAAGUAACUUGCCUUUUGAGAUUUUGGAUAAUUACUAUAUACUUUCUUAACUUCUAUUAAUCACUAUGUUUAGUUUUGCUUGUUCCCUUGCUGCAUUUGUCACAAUUUGAAGAGUGACCAAGACUGAGACUGACAGAGUGCGAGAAUCGUGUGAGGAUUUAUUUUAAUUUUGAUUAGUAUUACAAGGUUUCGUUUCUAUAUAUGAAGAAAAGCCGAGCUCUCUGAACUUUAGAGCUAUCGGCCCUAUGCUAGUGAUAGACAUUAUUACCCACUUUCUCCAUUUCUCCUACUCUAUCUAUCUCUAACUCGCGCUAAAUCUCUCUGACUAAGAAACUGCUUUCGUUACACUUUAGGCUAAGUUUAGCUAUAGCAAAGGAUCACUGUAAAUUCAAAACGAAAAUAAAGUAUGAUAAGUUCCUCCAAGUAUGCAGGCGAUGGAUGAUGGACAAAACGCUGCGUUAGCUUUAGACAAGUAUGUUAACCCAAUUUAGAUAGAUCGAUGGGGCAGCAUUUGUAUUUGUUACUUAAGGGGUUAGUAAUUAGGCUUUAGUGUCCAGACAGAUAUCGAUUCAAUAACCAUGAAUGUUUAUCCAGUAAGUGUACAUAUUGUAAUGCACUAGCUGUAGUUAAUUAUACUUACGUACAUAUAUAUAUAUAUAUAUCUCUAUAAAUAUCAAAUGAAUUAUUCAAUCUAAUUAUGCAAAUGUGAACACAAAUGAGUAGACAUAACGAAUAAUAUUUAAACAUAAAACAUAAAAAGUUACAACGGACAAGUGAAUAAAUUGUGCAUAUAGUAAUUUAAAUUGUAAUAAUUAUAGCAGCCCCUCCCCCAAAAACCAAUCCCUCAUUAAUUAGUUGUUGUUUAAAUACCUUCAUAAACAUGCAUACACACUUAUAUAAAACCAUUUAGUAAUAGUAAAUACCACCAAGGCAUAUAUGAAAAAGAAUCCUUCAAUUUAGAGCCAAGAAAAACAAGAAAAUCCUCUUAGGUUCGCACUGAUGAACUGUCUUGAAAACGCAGGCAAUUAUAUUUAUAGAUACUAUAUAUCCAUCGAUUUGUGCCGAAAUCUCGUUUGAGAUAUUUCAGCAGAAAAUCAGUUCAUUUAGCAUGUUGUUUAUCGCACCCAAAAUGAUGGAAAUUAAGUGUGUGUCUAUGCGUAAUUGUAAUUAUUGAUAUUGAAUACGUAUUUACAAUGUAGCAAUUACAAAAGCAAAAAAAAAAAAUGCCAUAAUUAUGAAAUUAAAACCAACAAAAA